ACUCCCUUGUAAUGUUAUGCACCACACAGCAUAUCUUUUAAUGAAGUACUAUUUUAUUUUUUGCUUUUGUUCUUCCCAGCAAUGAAAGCAGCUGUCCUCAUCCAAAGGUGGUAUCGCCAGUAUGUGGCUCGCAUGGAGGUUCGGCGGAGAUGCACCUGGACCAUCUUCCAGUCCAUCGAGUAUGCAGGCGAGCAGGACCAGAUCAAGCUGCAAAACUUUUUCACUUACCUUAUGGAUCACUUCACACCAACUAACAGUAAACAAAGGGACCUGAUCUCUCACAUCUUCACGGAGGAUGAGGUCUAUAAGCAGACUGAACUGGAGAAAUACUGUGACCAUGAAACCAUCGAGCUGCCAGAGUCGUACACAGGACCUCACAUUGACUUUCCUCUCACUGCUGCCCAUGCAGCUGCCUUAGUGGAAGCCUUCAGGCACAAGCAACAGCUCCAUGCGCGAUACGUCCUCCAGCUUCUACACGAAACCUUGAAACACCUCAAACUGCUGCCAAAUAUCAACCGGGUCUCUACCUGCUUCUGUGAGGAGAUUACAAUCUGUGGUGACUUGCAUGGGCAGCUGGAUGACUUGCUGUUAAUAUUUUAUAAGAAUGGCCUCCCGUCUGUUGAAAAGCCCUAUAUCUUCAAUGGAGACUAUGUGGACAGAGGCAAGAACUCAAUUGAGAUCCUGUUGAUUCUGUUUGCAUUCUUACUGGUUUAUCCCAAUGAAGUCCACCUGAACAGAGGAAACCACGAAGAUUACAUUGUAAACCUGAGAUAUGGCUUUACCAAGGAUGUAAUGCAGAAAUACAAGGUGCAUGGCAGGAAGAUUCACAAGCUUCUUCAGAUCGUGUUCAGCUGGAUGCCUCUGGCCACGGUGAUUGAUCAGAAGGUCCUAAUAACUCAUGGAGGGAUCUCAGACACCACCGAUCUGGACAUCAUUGCCAAAGUCGACAGGCACAAAUAUGUCUCUGUCUUGAGACCCCCAAAGAAGAAAAAGAGGCACAAUAUGACAGAAGCACUUUCUAUAAGAGGGGGCCGAAUGAGUGAAGGAAACAUUCAAACCACAAGCAUGGACUCUCGUCUGUCCUUGAAGAGUCUCUCCCUGAGCUCAACCCCCUGCUACAGCCCUGGCACCAGGAAGAGAAGCCCGCACAGCAUCUCAAGGAAGGUGCGUCGCUCCGUGGAAGAGGAGCUGGAGAAGUGUCGCCGGCAAGUGGGCUUCUCCACACCAUACGAAAAUGGCAAGUUCUCCCUGUCCUUUUCCGAAUCUGACUCGGAAUCCUUCGAGGUCUGUGAAUCGGAUAAUGCUGAAUGGAAACAGAUUGUGGAUAUUCUGUGGAGUGACCCCAUGCAUCAGGAGGGCUGUGUCCCGAACGCAGUGAGAGGCAGAGGGUGUUACUACGGGCCAGACGUGACUGAGAAAGUCCUGAGCAGACACAACCUCCAGCUUCUCAUCCGAUCCCAUGAGUGCAAGCAGGAUGGCUACGAGUUCUGCCAUAACAGAAAGGUCUUGACCGUUUUUUCUGCAUCUAAUUACUAUGAACUUGGCAGUAACAGAGGAGCCUAUGUCAAGCUGGGCCCAGAUUUGAUUCCUCAUCUUGUACAGUAUCAAGUCAGCAGAACCACACGCAAGUUAACUAUGAAGCAAAGGGUUAGCAGAGUCGAGCGGUCAGCACUCAGAGCUCUGAGAGAACAGUUGUUUUCACACAAAUCCGAUCUCAUCAGUGCCUUCGAAAAAUAUGACAAGAAUAAGACAGGCAGGAUACCCCUGAAUGACUGGGCGACUGUGGUUGAGUCAGUGCUGCAGCUGGGCCUGCCCUGGAGAGUGCUGCGCUCCCAGUUAGUGCAGAGUGCUCCUGAAGGCCUCCUUCAGUACCAUGCCUGGUUCCAUGACCUUGCAAUAGAACAACCAACUGCAGAGCAUGUACACCAAAGCCUGCUGGAAACACUUUACAGGAACAGGUCCAAUUUAGAAACCAUCUUCAGAAUUAUUGACAGCGACAACUCAGGUCUGGUUUCAUUUGAAGAGUUUUGUCAAACGUGGAAGCUGCUCAGUUCUCAUCUAAACAUGGAGAUCAGCAAUGAAGCCAUUUCAGACCUAGCUCGCAGCAUCGACUUCAACAAAGACGGAAGCAUAGACAUCAAUGAGUUCCUGGAGGCAUUCCGCCUUGUAGAUAAAAUCCACUAUACAGAGAGAGAGGGAAGCCUGCUGUUAACAACUCCCGGAGCGCUACUGUAAAAGGACCGAUUUACUCAGGAACUUGGCUUCAUGACAGCUAUAGAUUUAUCCACUUGCGCCGAAGACGACUGUGGCAGGAUGAAAGCCCUGCACUUAAAAAUAUAGGGUGGUGUAAUACCUGUGUUUAAUGAACAAAAAGGAAACCAAAAUAUGGGCAGCUUGUUAAGAGAUAGGUGGCCAAAUUAAUUAUUCACAGGAUAUAAAAGCACUUGGCUAGAGAAGCUUUUUGGACAGGAGAGGGUGUGUCAGCUGUUACAAAGCUUCUGUUAUUUUGCCUACAACCGCUAGGUGUUUUUCUGUUAGCACUCCAGUAAGAGCAAGACUUGUUUUCUCUUUUACUUUUGAUGUGUUUUGUUUUAUUCUUUACAUAAGUGCUCACCAUUUAGUUGUUUACUACAUAUAGCAGAGGAGUGCUUCGUGACACAAGGCCUGACCCCUUUUUACACUGACCAUGUGUGCUGUAUCAAUGACUUAUUAUUGUUUAGCUUUAUUGGCUAGAAAUAAAUCUUGGAUCUUGCUGUAUGUAAGUAUUCCUAAUCAAGGAUAAUCUGCAAUAACAUUUUCUAAAAAAUGAAUGUUGU